UACUUAUAAGAACACAUGAAUUUGUAUCCAUGAAUUUUGGACCUACACUAGCCUUGCUCCCUCUGACCCGUCCCCUUCAAGGCAGAUGAUAAUGACUGGCCUGGUGGCGAACUCUACAGUUCAUAAAGUCAAAGCCAGGAAACAAGAAGAUUUUGUGGACAAAAGUGAGAGUGAAAUUACCCCAGCAUUUUCUUGUGUAGCCGAUCAAACUCUAGUCGAUAUCAGUGCACUUGGGCAGGACGAUAGGAGUUUAAGUGAUAACAUAGAUAACUGUGUCAACAUGAAUAACCAUAGCAACAGUAGUAGUAGUGUCAACAUCAACGGUGCCAACAGUAGCUUGAACAACGGCGUUGUCAACAGCAAUGCUAUCAACAAUGGAGCAAGCUGUGCCCGGGAAGUCAACGGACAGAAAUCAACAGGUUUGCGUCGAAGUCGCUCGGACCUUCGCUACGUGGACGUGAUCAGAGAGCGCCCCAUCAGAGUGACGGCUAAGGUGCUGGUGCCUGUGAGGGAACAUCCAAAGUUCAACUUCGUGGGUAAACUUCUUGGUCCCAAAGGCAACUCCAUGAAGAGGCUACAGGAAGAAACUCUGACAAAAAUGGCCGUCCUAGGCAGAGGUUCAAUGAGGGACAAACAAAAGGAGGAGGAACUUAGAGCCUCCGGAGACCCGAAGUACCUGCACUUACUGGAAGACCUACACGUUGAGAUCACGGCAUUCGCGCCCCCUGCGGAAGCCCACGCUCGGAUUGCUUAUUCCUUAGCAGAGAUUCGACGUUACCUCGUACCCGAUAACAAUGACGACAUCCGCAAGCAGCAGAUACGCGAAAUGGAGUUUAUUGGCGACCGCAAAGAUGGCUUGAAAGUCGUUGAUGGCGGCGGCGAAACGCUAAAUGGCCACGGUGGUCCCGGUCUCGGCAGGAUGGACGGUGAAGACAGAAGUGGAAGGCCAGCUAGUCCCACAGAUCUACGCAGAAGCGACCCAGGUUCACCGUGUUCAGCGUCCCGCUUAGCAUCACCGAUGACGGGUAACAUUCUGUCAUCACUUCACCACCACCCUCUGCCACCACCACUUCCACUCACUCACCCACAUCAUCGUUCCCAUUCCUCCCAUUCUCCUAUAGGACCCGUUCACUCCCCACUUGGUCAGUCCCCUUUAAAUCACCAUCCCCACGACCUACCCCCACCUCGGUUGCUGCCGUGGGGCUACGGCAGUUCACGGAGACGGGUGCUUACGAUCCUCGACAAGGCGAGAACUGCUCUCGACCACACCUAUGAACAGGAGUCUUAUUCAGACUAUUAUUACGAGGAAUAUGACGAUUACGGAGGCAUGGAAGACUACCGGGACAUCUACAGCCCCGACUGCUACGAUAGCGGAGGCGGGUGGCCACGAUACAAGCCUCUGCUGACGCCUGGAAGGGACCGCCCUGGGCGCUGUCGCUCCUCUCCUUACUCGAGGCCUAAGUAGUUAUUAUAGAUGCUGCAUGAGAAACCUACUUGCUAAUUUGGAUUGUGAGUCUUAAAGAGUUGCUAAAUAAACUCUCUGGUUUGCUUAUUGUAUUAUAAUCUUUGGUUGUGAGUGCUGAAGCAUUGCUUAGCAAACUCUCUGGUCUGCUUACCGUAUUUCAAACUUAGGUUGUGAAAGCUGAAGCGUUGCUUGGCAAACUCUCGAUCUGGUCUGCUUACCGUAUUAUAAAGUUAGGUUGUGAGUGCUGAAGCAUUGCUUGGCGAACUCUCUGGUCUGCUUACCGCGUUACAAAGUUAGGUUGUUAGAACUGAACCAUUGCUUGGCAAACUCUGUGGUCUGUUUGCCGUAUUACAAACUUUGGUUGUGAGUGCUACUCUCUGGUCUGCUUACCGUAUUAAAAACUUAGGUUGUGAGUGCUGAACCAUUGCUUGGCAAACUCUCUGGUCUGCUCACCGCGUUACAAACUUAGGUUGUGAGUGCUGAAGCGUUGCUUGGCAAACUCUAUAGUCUGCUUACCGUAUUGAAAACUUUGGUUGCGAGUGCUAAGGUAUUGCUUGGCAAGGCCUCUGGUCUGCUUACCGUAUGACAAACUUAGGUUGCGAGUGCUAAGGUAUUGCUAGCAAACUCCGUGUUGUGCUUACCGUAUUUGUACAGCGUCCUUGAACAAUAAAUAAUUUAUAACAUUCACACCGGAUUGAUGGAGAGACCAAUAAACUUUCACAUGAUGAUUUGAAUCAAUUAUUCUUCAGAUCUUAUAUUAAUGUUAGAUCUUUUCGGUGAUGUGUUACAGUUUUAUCGAUGUAAAAUGGCUUGCUGAUUCUCAACCAGUUUUUAUUCAUGUGCGAUUUAGUUUCGCCGAAUUUUGGUUUUCUGUAUCACUUAUCAAAUCAUUUAAAGAAUUCAUCAAUUGCUGAGAACGACUAAAUAAUAAUAAAUGGUAAAAUUUAGAAUGAAUGAUAAUAUAAGGCUUCUAUUUCUGAAACAUGCUAAUAUAUGAAAAAAAUUAACAUAAAAUACUCUACAAUUUUUCAUUCACCUUUCCAAUUAGUUUGAAAUACUGCAUCAAACCAAAUCAACUAAUAACUAUUCAUAG